CUCGUGGCUUGGACUCUUCCAGAUCCCGUUGCCAGGCUCUCAUCUCAUUAAAACUGCCGCCAUUGCUUCAACCAACACUCCAACCUUCCGCUAUCUAUCGCCACCACUUUAAAUUGCCAACACACGAAUCCAUCACAACCAAGGCCUUCCCUGCCGCUCUCCGCCGCCCUUUCGAGGACAGACAACAACAUACUGACCGUGCUCCGGUCAUCCACGCGAUACCAAUCGAACUUUGUGGAAGUGCCGUCACAGCCACGUUUUCCGCCAUCACCAGCACUACCAUUACACUCCUUGUGACCAUUUUGCUGCGCGAGGACUCUAUAACACGACCUCUUCGAGUGUCAGGUUUCUAAUAUCCUCACCUACACGAGCACUUUCCCUUCCAAACAAACGAGAUGUGGAGUUGGUUUGGCGGGGCAUCCGCGCAGUCGAGGAAGGAUGCGCCGAAGAAGGCGAUCCUGAACCUGCGGCAGCAGCUGGACAUGUUAAAAAAGCGCGAGGCCUAUCUGGAGAGUCAGAUGGCGGAGCAAGAUGCGUUGGCGCGGAAGAACAUUUCGACAAAUAAGACAGCCGCCAAAGCCGCUCUCCGGCGCAAGAAGCUACACGAGCGAACUUUAGAACAGACCUCUGCGCAGAUCACGCAGAUAGAACAACAAAUAUACUCGAUUGAAGCCGCCAAUAUCAACCAAGAAACGUUGAACGCAAUGAAGAGCGCCGGAGCAGCCAUGAAACAAAUCCAUGGCAACCUUACCAUCGACAAGGUCGACCAGACCAUGGACGAGCUGCGUGAGCAACACGCUCUCGGGGAAGAAAUCGCCAACGCCAUCACCAACGCACCCAUUGGUGAGCCCAUUGACGAGGCUGAUCUUGAGGAAGAGCUGGAGGGACUGGAGCAAGAAGCCAUGGACGAAAGGAUGCUCAAGACCGGACCCACUCCUGUCACCGGCGAGGUCAACCGGCUGCCUGCCGUUUCUACAGGUCCGAUAGGCAACAAGCCCUCGACCGUCGAGGAGGACGAGGAAGAAGAGCUCCGCAAGCUGCAAGCCGAGAUGGCCGUGUGAGGAAUCAAGUUCGGUCAGGAUUAGUGUUACGCAGGAUGAUGAUCAUGCCCUUCUGUGUUUUGUCCCCUUGUUUCUUGCCCGGAGUGCCUGCGUUCCACCAACUUGAGAUUCCGCACAUACCAUUACAAUCCAAAUCUUGCUGCUCGGGAUGUCGUACUCUUCAGCGAUCGGACGUCUUCCGAGACCUUGACUUCAGGACUAUCGCGCAUAUAGGAGGACAUGCGUCUGCUUAGUAGACGGCGCGCUUUCGCAAGUUGAGGGAAGGCAAGUUCGCAUCGUUGAUUGAUAUACCAGUAAUAGGAUUCGGGUGUCUUAUGGACCCGUCUGAAGGAUUUUAUCUAUUACCGGGAAUACCACUGGCUCUGCUUCGACCAUACUUUGGUUUUUCCUAUCUGGCUCUGGUCGCCCAAGAAGUCUGGGCAGACGAGAAGGGGUGUAAAGCAAAUUCAAUUGUGCUCAUUGCCGAAAUUCAGCACCUACAGAACCCGCAGAAUGGUGACUUUUUGAAACCUUCCAGGAUUUGCAAUAACGGGAUUGCAAUUUCACGCUCCAUGUCCGCCCAAGUUCAUAAAUCCCAAGGAUGCUGAUAUGUAAGAUACCGUUUUUCUUUUCGUUUUCGCAUGAUGACUUUGUUCGCUUGCGACACAGUGCGCUCGCGCGUUGCCACCGACGUCCUUAAGACGUAAAUGUCAUGCUCUUACCGGC